UGGAGAUGGUCUCUUUUAGUAAACUGAUAUAAUGGGUUAAAGUAAAAGGGGAAAAGAAGCUUUUAAUUAAGUGGCAGUGGGACCAAUAUGUUGUUUUUUGAGAACUGAAAAAGGAUGUAUAAGUGGAAUGAUGGGUAGGGUUUGAAUGUUUUUGCUUUUGAAAUUGCAGUGGUAUCUGAGAAAUUCCAAAAGGAACAGCUUGACAAAGGGCUCAGACUCUUUUUUGGUUUCUUGGAGUUCUGAUGGGUGGUCGUAUGUUUAAUCACACUGGUCUUGGUCUGUGAUACCAGUGUUUUAUGUGGUUUAUUGAUGCUUACCCACUAAGAAAGUACUUGAAAAAAGUUGGGCGUUAUGGAUUAAGAUAACAUAAUUUAUGUUAUGGUGACCAGAUGGCAAAACUAAAGAUCUCUGCAAAGUGGCAUGUUGAGAUCAGGGCAACAAUCAUUAGGACAGAAAUUUGCCCUCAGCAUUCUUUUCCUUCUUCCUAUUGUAGACUUUUCCUUUUUGGGUGGUGGGAGUGAUGUUAUUAGCAUAAUAGAUGGCUGAAUCCUAGUUGGAUUUACAUUAAAUCUUAAUGUUGGUGGCCAUAUCAUGGGAGGUCCACACAAAAGCUCUUCUUUACUCAAAGUAACCAUUGGUCAUCCCCAGUUUGUGACACUAGUAUUCUUAGGGCUGAGGGCUGCAAUGGGUCUGGUGACUUCGUCUCAGCCAAAAAGAAAAAGUGCAUUCAAACUCAUCUAUCGUUUUGGGACUCCAUGUUCCAACUUCUUAACCAUUAAGUAUUCUUUGAAGAGGAAAGCUGAAAUGGUACUCAAAAAACAAAUUGAAACAGGAGAGUUACUACUAGUUAGCAAGGCGGGGCUCUCUUCUUGUGUUUGUGCAGGGCCUUUGGUUCUGCCACCCCCUUUAUUCUCAAGUACAGUUAAGGACGAGGAAAUUUCUGUUCAGCAGGCAUUAUCCGCCCUUUCAAGCUUAAUUAUUCUGUGCUUCAACAAGGAAAAUUAGUGACAUGAAUGGGGUUAUAUGUCAAGUGAAUUAAUGAGAUAGUAUGAACAUAAACAUCAUAGCUAUUUUCUUUUAUUUUAUGCAGUACCCAUGAGAAGCUAUUGCUUUUAUUCUUUUGGAAUGUAAAGAAACUCAGCAGUGAGGGGGCUGAAAUCCUUGUAAAUGGCCUGAGCCUAGUGGAGAUCCACGCUCGCCUAUGUAAAUUUUAAGGCCUUUGGUAGUACUACUAUAUUCCACUCUUGUUGGGAUAGGAUAGAUUUAAGCUCCAUUUCCUUCAUUUCUCAAAUGAUGGAUCGUGGGGUUCAUUGCAAAUGAUAAAGCAUUUGGCUUUUAUGUGAUGGUUCUUGUUGUUGGACUGUCAGUUUCUACUGAAUAUAAGUUAUGACAACAAACUUGUUUUUGUUUUGAAAGGUUUUUGAGUUUAAUUAGAAUCCUCAAUUAAAAUAAUUUUAGUACAUCUUAUUUUGCUUUAUACACUCCCAUUUCACUGAAUUUUAUGAUUGGUGGGGUCGGAGGGUGUGAUCAUCAAAGAGUCCAAACUAAACGAAGGGCUGUGAUGAAAUGAUCAUGCGUUGGUUACCAGAUGCUGUUUGGUGCAGCCAUCAUCAUCAAUCUAUUUUUAAUUACUUUCAUUGCGUUGGGUUUCAAAUUCUUCGGUGAAAUAGACUGAUCUUCCUUUUUUUUUUUUUCUUUUUUUCUUUUAUCACUUUAUUAAUCCAAAUGGAGUGCCUCCACGUAGCAUAUUUGCCAAUUAAAAAAUGUCCAAGUCCACCCAAGUCUUCUGAUGUACGAAUGAUCGGAAACUUCUUUACCUUCUGAUAUUGCUCCCCCUUUCACUCUCAGCACAAACUCUCAUCUCACACAUUCCACACCGAUGGAUUUCCUGCAAUCCAAGAAUCAGUAGUUUUUGAUUUCGUCCGAUCUUUGGUGGGAAAACUCUGAUUUGGCAGCUUUGAUCUCUGCGCUCAAGAAGCUCACAAGCUCAUCUGCAUGCAUGGUAUUGAUAUUGGUGCCCUUUUACCCUUUCUGUCAUUCUGUUUUUUCAUAUUGGGUUUCUGCUAAAUGUUGAACUUAGAUGGGGGUGAAUGCAGAAGCCCUGUUCUUCUAUAGCUAAUUAUACUGUUUGGAUCAAAAUUUUACUAGGUUUACAGGGAAAAAGAUGUUUAGUAGUUGUAGAUUUGACUGUGAAGAUGCUUUUUGAUUCAUUUGUUGGCAAAAUGGAUCCCUUUGCACUCUAAUAUGAAUUUUGCAUUUGAAUCAUAUUAAUUUGAAAAGCCCCCCAUAAAUGUCUCCGUCUGAGAUAGUAGAGAAAGACUCACACAACCCUACAUCACUUGAAAGUAGACAUUUAUGGGAUCAAAGUUCAAAACAGAGGAGAAAGGCUUGGGAAGUGGAGUGGUCAAGCAGGCUACACUGAUAUAAUAGGCUUUGUAGACUUUACAGGUCUGAACUCAUACUUGGUCAUUUUGGGUAAUAUCUCCUUAUAUUUCUCAUCGGUAAGUGGCAAAGGUAUCCUUAUCUAUCUUGUCUGAGAAGGAAAAUUUAAUGCAAUGUUGGUGGGACCCGUGUCAAGUCCAUUGACAUUGCAAUGCACGUCCGCAUGGUUUUCAUGCCAAGGGACAUCUCCAUGUUUACAGGUUCCUUGAAGAAGAAGAAGAAGAAGAAGAAGAAGAAGAAGAAGAAGAAGAGGAAAGGGUGAUUCAAUGGGUCAAAUUCUCUCCAUUAUUUUUGGCUGGUUGAGGGGUGAAAGAGAUGACAAAAAGAAGCCAAGUGAAAAACUACCCCUGAUUUCUCCACCAAGAUUGGGGAAUCUAAUUACUUCUCCACCAAGCUUAGGAUCAUGUAGGGACUACGCAUUGCAGACAAAUCUACGGACUCAUCCUCCGCCUCCACUGAGCUCUAGUUCUAACUCUAGCUCUAGCCCAUUCACCCACUUCCAAACAAGUGGUGCAUCACGUCUUCAGCCAAGCUCAUUCACCUACUCCAAAACAAGUGGUGCAUCACGUCUUCAGCCAACACAACAGACUCAUCAUCAACUCAACUCGAGCUCAUGUGGCUUCUCUAUCGCGGCUGUGUCAUCCCCUGUCCAGCCAAAACUAGAGACUCGCCAGCAACUGAGUUCUAGCUCAUGCAGCCAAUCCAGCACAACCCAAUUUUACCCAAAACCAGUGCAGACUCAUCAGCCACUCAACUUGAGCUCAUGUGGCCUCUCCAGCACGACUGUAUCAUCCCCUGUCCAGCCAAAACUAGAGACUCACCAACAGCUAAGUUCUAGCUCAUGCAGCCAAUCCAGCACAACCCAUUUUUACCCAAAACCAGUGCAGACUCCUCAGCCACUCAGCUCCAACUCGUGUGGCCUAUCCAGGCCAAGUGGUACUUCUCAUGCUCAGCCAAAGAUACAGACUCAUCCUUCACUACUCUCUAGCUCCUGCAGCCACUCUAGCGUAAGUGGUGCAUCCCAUUUCCAGCCAAAUCCAGUGACUCUUCCACUGAGCUCUGUCCCAAGCAGCAACUCAGGAAUCAAUGGUGCAUCGCAGCGAAACUCUCUGGGUUUUCCACUGAGCUUGGACCCACGAAGCAAUUCCAGGUCUGAUGAUGCAUUGAAUCUGACAAUUCCUGCAAAAUUUAAAAUCCAAGUUGUAGGUGAUGAGAAGCAAGUUUCUGCACGGCUCCACCAGUACAACAUAAUUGAAGAAAAAGAAGAACGAACCAGAGGAGUGGUAGGAAAAAAUUGGUGGGACUACAGCAGCUGUGAAGAAGAAGACCUAGAGGAAGGAAAACGAGUAAGAUGGAUAAAGCACUACAGCAGUGAGUACAAAAUAUUGCUGGCGGGUGAAGGGGACUUCUCAUUCUCUGCGUCUUUGGCUGUGGCUUUUGCUUCUGCUACAAACAUUACCGCUACUUCUCUUGAUUCUAUAGAGUUUUUGAGCACAAACUAUAGGCAUGCCAUGUCCAACAUCGAUAAACUCCGGAGCUUGGGUGCUAAGGUCAUGCAUGAUGUUGAUGCCACCAAAAUGGCAAACGUUUUCCCAUUCAAAUGCAUGCGUUUUGAUCGAGUUGUUUACAACUUCCCACUCGCUGGAUUUUUUCCCAAUGAACCGAGGGAGGAUGAGAUCUGGCGACAUCGAAUGCUGGUACAGCAGUUUUUAGAAAAUGCGAAGAAGUUGAUUCACAUAGAUGGAGAAAUCCACAUUACUCACAAAAGCAAUGGCUUCUUUUAUGAGUGGAAUUUGGAAUUUCUAGCCUCAAGAGUUGGGCUUCGACUUAUAGAAGAAGUGCCCUUUAAUUUUAGGGACUACCCAGGGUACCGCACCAAGUAUGGCUUUGGGGGUGACAGUAACUUCAACUGCAGUCCUAGCAAAACUUACAAAUUUGGGCAUAAAAAAACGAUUGAGAAGCCUAGCUACAGAUUUAUGAAAUGAUCCAAGUGGGAGGAGUUUGAAACUUUGUUUUUGUAAUUAAUACAAUGAAUGUUGGUGUGGAUGUGAUCUAUAGAGGAAAUCUUUGAAGAUGGAAAGGUUUGUACAUAGAAAAGGAAAAAAGGGUGAAUUCUGAUGAUAUUGCAGGGCAACUCUAUGAUAGGCAUUGUACCGUACAAAGUUAAAUAAGGUCCUUGCUUUUCUAUGCCUUCUAUAUGAUAGGCAGCAUAUAAAAACAUAUUGCACCCCAAGUUGCAAGCACUGAGAUUAGAAAUCCUGUAAUCUUGUAAUCAAAGUACCUGUUAUCACAAA